AUGCAUGCAGGAUGUUACGUGGGAAGCACUUGUAUAAAUAACUUAAGCUAUGCUGAUGACAUGGUGCUGCUUAGCCUGUCGGUCAGUGCGUUGAUGCAGAUGCUUGAGACUUGUGAGGAGUAUGCCAUGGCACAUGGAUUAGAAUACAACCCGAAGAAAAGCGAGGUCAUGGUGUUUAAGGCAGGUAAAAUUAAACCGUAUUAUGUUCCUCCUAUUAUGUUGAAUAGAGUUCCGUUGAUGGUCACAGAUAAAGUAAAGUAUCUUGGUCAUAUUUUAACAAGUGAUCUAAACGAUGAUCUGGAUUUUGAAGGGAGCGCAGGGCGUUGGCGCUUGUGGGUUAGGUAUACAAGACGAGCCUUUAACGCCCUGCGCGUGCUAUAUAAUAAUGCAUUUAGAAUGCUGAUGGGACUGCCAACGUGGUGUAGUGCAUCGGGUAUGUUGGCGGUGGCUCACGCGGACAGCUUCCAGGCCAUCAUGUGCAAAAAGAUUGUCUCGCUGAUGAGUCGCGUGAGGCUCAGUACUAACAGCAUUCUAAACGCUAUAGCGGGAAG